AUGGCCUCGUUGAACUGCGCUGCCACACCUGGAUCGGAUUUCAGUCCUGCGCCAUCGCCUGCUGAGUCUUCAGGAAGCACCUUCUGUUCUGCUGCCGACUUCGAACAAGACCGCCGCAGCUCCAUUCGACAACUCGUACCACGGUCCCCACCACGCCCUCACGUCGCCGCCACGUUGUCCGUCAACACGCACGCCAAAGGCCCCUCGCAGUCGGGCGGGGGGCCUACGAGCAUGAUACAUUCCAUCCCGCCUCGACCCAAGCCUGGCCGUAAGCCUGCCACCGCGGAGCCCGAGACCAAGCGCAAGGCCCAGAACCGCAUCUCGCAGCGCAACUUCCGUGAGCGCAAGCAGAAGAACGUGCAGAUGCUCCUCGAACAGGUCAAUAAGACCGGCACAGAAUUCAACGAUGCCCGCAACCAAUGGCUACGGGAAAAACAGCUUCUGGAAGAUCGAGCACGGGCUCAAGCACAAGAAAUCCAGAUUCUGCAAGAGCGUUUACGCACAAGUGACGCCCAAGCUAUCAUGUGGAGGGACAUGUACACGAAAGCGAAAGCAGGCGAAGACGUUUCCACGCCAAAUUGCGAGGACUUUGCUCGCAUGGCGAGUCCCGACCUCGUUCAUUUCCGUGGCGCACGCCACGACGCACCGUUCGAGAACACGCAAUCAGGAUGCGAUCGCUGCACGCCUGAACAUUGCGCCUGUCUCGCCGACCUCACCAAUGAUAUGCAACUCCCGGACGAGGCCUCGGCUCGCAUGGACGGCAUGUCCAUGACUGGAAUACUUCGCGGCGGCCAAGGAGAACUCGACCAGGAGAAGCAUCCACACGUCGAGUUCGAAGUCGACUUCACAAACAAGUUCAAGAGCGCAUCUACGUUCGCACCAUCGACGGAGGACAACAAGAUCACAGACUGUGGCUUCUGUGAGGGACAAAAGGACAUUUGCAUAUGCGAUCCUCCUGCUCGUGUUGACAGCGCCGACGAGGGCAUUUCGCUCACGCGCAUGAAGAGUGGUUCUUCAGCUGAAGAAGCGAAGCCCAACAUGGCCAUGACCGGGCCUGGCUCUUGUGCCGACUGUCAGUCAAACCCCCAGCAGCGAGCCUGGUGCCAGCGAGUCGCUCAGCUCCGGAGCGAGGAAACCCCUUCGAGCUCACGGCGGAAUUCAAGCAAGAGCAGCUCGCUCGACAUUAUGGAGCCCAAGGCAUCGACCAGCAUAGACAUGAGCGCUGGCAUUUCGUCGCCCGUGGGUACCGGAAGGACAGUCGGUUGCAGCGAUGCCUUCAAGCUACUUGAUGGUCGAGUUUCGACGGACCCGAAUGCCAUGGACUGGCGCCAACUAAAGCCCGUUCCGCAGGCUUUCGGACGCCAGGACACUCGCAGGGACACAUUCACUAUGGAACCCGGCAUGUACAGCGCGAUGGAGCUGGACGCCAGCAGCAUCCUCACUACCCUCCAACAUGCCCAGCGUCCUCUCAGGCCCCGUCCGUCUGACGGCCCACAUGCGCCGCUGAUCGAAGAGGCCGAGGAACGGCGCCGAGCUUCUUUCUCGCCCAUGACCAAGGCCGAGGAUCACGCGAUGAUGGACGCAGUCUCUCAUUACAAUAUGGGCCACUAG